CACACGCAUCAUAGAGGCAGAGCUUAGCAGCUCAGAAUGGCUUUUGAAUAUACCGAAAUUGAAGACCCUGUGUACAAGGCUACCUGGCAGGAACGGAAUGAGGAUGAUUACGUCCUGGUAAGACCGACGGAUUGCGAUCAAAUUCCGGUGACACUGCCCGAUUGGCAGCCGGAGCCAUGCUGUCUGAAUAAAAGAUUCAAAACUUUGGAUCAGAGAAUUAAGGACAUGGACGUACGUUUGGACGAUGUGUGGCUCAUUACGUACCCGAAAAGUGGGACUACCUGGUGCCAGGAAAUGAUCUGGUUGAUUUGUAAUGACCUCGAUUAUGAGCAGGCAGCCAAGGACAAACUGGUUAGACGCUUUCCAUUCAUGGAAAUUAAUGGACUUCGAGAUCUGCCUCCGGGAAUUGAUUGUUUUCAAGAGGUUCUCUCAAUGCAAUCGCCGAGAUUUAUUAAGACGCACCUUCCGGUAGGGUUUCUACCCGAUCAAAUAUGGACCGUCAAGCCACGGCUGGUGUAUGUGCGGCGGAAUCCAAAAGCGGUAGCAGUUUCCUACUAUUAUCAUUCCGUGUCGCUGCACGGUUAUCGGGGAACGAUGGACCAGUUUGUGCGAUCGUUUAUCAACGAGCUGCAGUACUAUUCCCCUUAUCAUCGGCAUGUGCUGGAAUAUUACAAUCUAGAAUAUGAAGAUGAUAUGCUUCAUUUGUGCUUCGAAGAUAUGAAGAAGGAUUUGAAGGGAACGCUGAAGCAGGUUUGCAGUUUUUUUAACAAGUCAUACUCGGAAGAGCAGCUUGAAACACUGGCCAGGCAUCUUUCGUUCGAAUCGAUGAAAGACAAUCAGGCUGUCAACGGGCAGCAGUGGGUAGAACACUGCCUAAAGCAAACGGGAAUGGUUGAUAAGCUUAAGGACGACAACUACAAGUUUAUUCGACGGGGAGAGUCCGAGGGGUGGAAGACGGAACUGAGCGCUGAACUUGCGCAGCAGAUUGACCAGUGGACCGAACGGAAAGUCACCGAUUCAGAACAAAUCAGUUUGUUUAGAUAUGAUUAGGUGUCGUUUAGGGCUUGUUGCCUAUUAGCUAGAAAGAAAGACAAUCUUCGUGAUAUAAUAGUAACCUUUAUUUGUUGUAAAAUAUUUCCCGGUAUAUGUACAUAAUUCUGUUACAUUUUCUUCUGUAGAGAUGCUUUGUUUUAUUUUUUUAUUUUUUUCAAGUAUGAUUUGAUUAAGU